CUUCUUCUUUACAUAUACAUACAAACACACACACACACACAGAGAGAGAGAGAGAGAGAGAGAGAGAGAAUGGAAGAGAAGGAAGCUUUUGAUGGGGAGGGAAUGCUACAAGCCCAAGCAGAGAUAUGGAAAUACAUGUACUACUUUGCAGACUCUAUGGCACUUAAAUCUGCUGUAGAGCUCCGCAUAGCAGAUAUCAUACACUCUCACGGCUCCCCAAUCACCUUGUCCCAAAUCGCCGCCGGGAUCAUCGACUCUCCUUCCCCAGAUAUCACCUGCCUGGCGCGUAUCAUGAGGUUGCUGGUCCGCAGAAAGAUCUUCACCGUUACUCCUCAAUCAGACGGCGGAGAGGCUCUCUACGGGCCAACCCACAUGUCCAGAUGGCUUUUACACGGCGCAGAACUCAGCCUAGCUCCAAUGCUUAUGAUGGAGAACGAUCACAGGGCAUUAGCCCCCUGGCAUUACCUCAGCAACUGUGUGAGAGAAGGUGGUAUUGCAUUCCAAAAGGCUCAUGGCCGUGAGAUAUGGGACUAUUGUUCCAUGAACCCAGAAUUCAACAAGAUCUUCAAUGAUGGGAUGGGAUGUACGGCCAAGAUCACGAUGAAGGCGAUCAUGGCAGGAUACAAAGACGGGUUUUGUAGCGUCGGAUCGAUGGUUGAUGUGGGAGGUGGGACCGGGGCAGCCAUGGGUGAGAUCGUGAAGGUGCAUCCUCAUAUUAAGGGUAUCAACUUUGAUCUGCCACAUGUCAUCGCUACGGCGCCGGAGUACGGUGGAGUUUCUCAUGUUGGGGGUGCAGUAUCCAUUCCGGUUACUCCACGAGCUUCUUCUGGCGAGAUCUACUCCUUCUGA